UGAAGGCUGCAUGGUGGUUUCAGAAACGGCCUACUUAAUUCCAAAAGAACAAUGGUAGGAAAGGCUAGGUCUUCCAAUUUUACCUUAUCUGAAAAGCUUGAUUUGCUAAACCUUGUGAAGCCAUAUGUGAAAAUUCUCGAAGAGCACACUAAUAAGAAUUCAGUAAUAGUGGAGAAGAAUAGAUGCUGGGAUGUCAUAGCAGUUAACUAUAAUGCAAUUGGAGUAGACCGCCCUCCUCGCACAGCUCAGGGCCUACGCAGCCUUUACAAAAGGCUCAAAGAAUAUGCCAAACAGGAGCUGUUGCAGCAAAGGGAGGCCCAGGCAGAGUUUAAAAGCAAUAUCUCGGAGCCAACCAAGAAAGUUAUGGAGAUGAUUCCCCAGAUUUCCAGCUUUUGCCUGAUAAGAGACAGGAACCACAUACAAAGUGCAAACUUGGAUGAGGCUGCCCAAGCUGGGACCAGUUCACUGCAGGCAAUGGUGGACCACCAUCCUGCUGCUAUCACUGUAGAGGUGAAGCAAGAAGAGGACAUUAAGCCAUCUCCUCCCCUGGUUUCAAAUCCUCAACUCAGUGAUACUUUAGAGCAAAGAGAAGAGCAGGAAUUAAUGCAUGUUGUGGAAGGAUCCAUGUCUCCAUCUCUCUCUUCUGUUGAUAUGAGAAUGACGUCAUCUCCAUCUUCCAUCCCGAGGAGAGAUGAUAUUUUUCAUCAGGAAAGUGGAGAGCACUUUAGGUCUCUGCUAAGAUGUGACCCUCAGGUCCUGCAAAUGUUAAAAGAGGAACAUCAGAUAAUUUUAGAAAAUCAAAAGAAUUUCGGAUUGUAUGUUCAGGAGAAGAGGGAUGGAUUAAAAAGAAGGCAGCGGCUGGAGGAGGAGCUGCUGAGAGCAAGGAUUGAAGUAGAGAAGCUGAAAGCAACUCGCUUACGGCAUGUUCACUCGGCCUCUGAAGAAAUCUUAGAGUCCAAGGCCCAAGAAGAGGAAGCUAGCAGCUUGUAUAAAUAUUUCAGUGUUGUUUGGUGUAAAGCUUCCAAGAAAAAACACAAAACAUGGGAAGGCGAUGCUAUUCUUAUUGUAAAAGGAAGGUCCUUCACAUUGAAAGAUUUGGAAGGAAAAGAUAUUGGAAGAGGCAUUGGAUAUAGAUUCAAGGAACUUGAAAAUGUAGAAGAAGGGCAAACACUGGUGAUUGGCGGGAAAGAGAUAGAGAUCCUGGGCACAGUCUCUUCUGAGGACUUCAGCAGUGGCAAGUGUUUUCAGCAUGGAAGUGGAAGUUCUGCCGUCCCCAGUGCUCAGGCUGCCAGGAAGUACUUUUCUAACCCUUUCAAAAGUGUGUGUCCGUCAACCCAAGCAAAGGGAAAUAGAGGGAAUGACUGGCAAAACUGCAAACCACGCCAUGACCCGAACACACCAAAUGCCCUGGUUAUGCCACAACCAGACAAGAGUCACCAGCGGGUGUUUAAUAGGAACAGCUUUCCUAUUGUGGAUGUGGUGAUAGACCCUCAUCUUGUACGUCACCUCAGACCACAUCAGAAAGACGGAAUCAUCUUCCUCUAUGAGUGUGUGAUGGGAAUGAGAACAAUUGGCAAAUGUGGUGCUAUUCUUGCUGAUGAAAUGGGUUUAGGAAAAACAUUGCAGUGUAUUUCGCUCAUCUGGACCCUACAGUGUCAGGGACCCUAUGGAGGCAAGCCAGUAAUAAAGAAGACACUUAUUGUUACCCCUGGAAGCUUGGUGAAGAAUUGGAGAAAAGAAUUUCAAAAAUGGCUGGGAAGUGAAAGGAUCAAGAUAUUCACUGUUGAUCAGGACCAUAAAGUCGAGGAGUUUAUCAAUUCUACAUUUCAUUCUGUCCUUAUCAUCAGUUAUGAAAUGUUACUUCGUUCCCUAGAUCAAAUUAAGACCAUAACAUUUGGCCUUCUGAUCUGUGAUGAGGGGCACCGUUUGAAGAACAGUAGUAUCAAGACAACGGCAGCCCUUUCUAGCCUCUCUUGUGAGAAGAGAGUAAUUCUCACUGGUACCCCAGUUCAGAAUGAUUUGCAAGAGUUUUUUGCAUUAGUUGAUUUUGUUAAUCCAGGAAUAUUAGGGUCUCUGUCGUCUUAUAGGAAAAUAUAUGAAGAACCCAUCAUUGUGUCAAGAGAGCCUUCUUCUUCUGAGGAAGAAAGGGAGUUAGGGGAGAGAAGAGCAGCUGAGCUCACACGCCUCACUGGACGUUUCAUCCUUAGAAGAACUCAGGAAGUCAUCAAUAAAUAUCUCCCCCCUAAGGUAGAGAAUGUAGUCUUUUGCCGACCAGGAGCAUUGCAGAUUGAACUUUACCGAAAGCUCCUCAGUUCUCAGUCUGUCAGGUUCUGUCUGCAAGGACUACUGGAAAAUAGCGCUCACCUCAUCUGCAUCGGAGCCCUAAAGAAGCUGUGCAAUCACCCUUGCCUCUUGUUCAGCUCUGUGAAGGGUAAAGAAUUUAGCUCAAGUUGUGAAGAAAAUGAAGAAAGGAAUCUAUGCCAAGGCUUGCUGACGGUGUUCCCUGCUGGCUACAACCCUCUGCAGUUCUCUGAGAAUGAGUCAGGAAAACUGCAGGUGUUAGGGAAGCUCCUGGCAGUGAUCCGUGAACUCCGUCCCACUGAAAAAGUGAUUUUGGUAUCCAACUACAGACAAACCUUGAAUAUCUUAGAAGAAGUUUGCAAGCGUCACGGAUAUGCUUGUGCAAGACUUGAUGGCCAGACACCAGUCUCUCAAAGGCAGCAAAUUGUUGAUAGUUUCAAUAGUACAUACUCUACUGAUUUUGUUUUUUUAUUAAGUUCAAAAGCUGGUGGUGUGGGACUUAAUCUUAUUGGAGGAUCUCACUUAAUUCUCUAUGAUAUCGAUUGGAACCCAGCUACUGACAUCCAGGCUAUGUCUAGAGUAUGGAGAGAUGGUCAGAAACAUCCUGUGCAUAUUUACAGACUCCUGACUACAGGGACAAUAGAGGAAAAGAUAUAUCAAAGGCAGAUCAGUAAGCAGGGCCUUUCUGGGGCCGUCGUAGACCUAACCAGAUCAUCUGAACACAUCCAGUUUUCAGUGGAAGAGCUUAAAAACUUGUUCACAUUACACGAAAAUUCACAGUGUGUUACCCAUGACCUGCUUGACUGUGAGUGCACAGGGGGAGAAGAUCACACCGAUGAUGCGCUGGAAGGCCCUGUCACCUCUAGACAGUGUCAGCUCGGCCCUCAGAAGUCUAACUCCUUGAGACCUCUGUCCAUGUCACAGCUGAAGCAAUGGAAACAUUUUUCUGGAGACCAUUUAAAUCUUCCAGACCCAUUUCUUGAAAGAAUAAGAGAAAAUGUGUCGUUCUUUUUCCAGAAUAUAACCAACCAAGCUCCUGCAAUCUAAUGAAGGACUACUUCUAACAUUCCUUUGUUCCCCUUAAAAUUAAUAUAGGAAUUAAAUGUAAUUUUGAAAAAUGAACAAAAUUAUUUAAAUUAUGAUAGUGAACUUUGUUUCACAAUAUGCCUAUUUAAAUAUAAUAAAAGCUGAGUUGUUUGC